UAUGGAAUUUGAAAACGAUAGUUCUCAGGCUUAAUCUUCAUCUUAAUUUUAGAAUCCAUUAUUCUAUACACCUUCACAUAAUUAAUAGGUUUAUACAGUGCCACCAAAUACUAUUAAUCAUGUUUAAUAUUAGAAUUCAUAAAACUAAUUUUGGAUUUAAGGAACUAAUUUGAUAAAUCAACAAUAAAUGAUUGUAUAGAAAACAUUAAUAGAAUAACCAUCAUUAUAGUUACAAACUCAAUAAUUUUUUUAAUAACCACAAGAAUUAAAUGAUGAUGAUCAUGAUCAAGACUACUAACCAGAAGAAGAAUAAGGAUCUGAUUCUACAAGUAGUGAUGAAUAAUAAGAGGAUCUACAAGAAGAAGGUAAUUAUUAGAAUAAUAAUUUUAAGAAUAAUUUGAUGAUCCUGAUUUUGAUUUACAAGCAUACCUAAAAGUUCGUGAUCAACUUUGA